AUGUUGGGCCAGUUGAAGCAUUUCUCCGCAUCAGACUCUGUUAAACUCUUUUCGGAGUAUGGUCCGUUCGUGUUGAUGGAAUUGAUGGAAAACGGCGACCUGGCUACGUACCUGCGCAGACUAGGUGACAGUGGCAUCGGCUUUGUGGAUCCCUCACAGGCGUACUUCGAUUUGGCAGCACGCAACUGUCUGGUGGACGCUCGAGGCGUCGUCAAAAUUGGCGAUUUUGGCCUCUGUCGUGACAUUUAUGAGCGCAAUUACUAUCACAAAAUCGGCGCGGGUAAACUGCCCGUUCGGUGGAUGGCUCCAGAGUCGCUUAAGUCGGCCUAUUUCACAUCCUCGUCUGAUGUCUGGUCCUUCGGCGUUGUGUUAUGGGAGAUAGCAACAAUGGCCUGCCUGCCCUACCAGGGCAUGUCGCACAACGAAGUCAUCACCUACGUCCUGGAUGGGAACACACUAGUCUCCAGCGGCGCCCCCAUCAACUGUCCUCCCCUCCUGUAA